CGCUCUUCCAGCAGGUACUCUCCUAUCCUGAACUUCCAACCCCCAUGGCUGCUACAUCGACAGCUCGAGCUCUCUCUCGCAUUGCAAUCAUAGGCGGAGGACCUGGUGGACUGGCCCUCCACCUCACCCUCGCCAAGCGCGGUAUCCCCGCCACGAUCUAUGAGCGCGAGGCCGACAACCACUCGCGCGCGCAUAUGGGCGGCAUGCUGGAUCUCGAAUGGGCGACUGGCCAGCGCGCGCUGCGCGAGAACGGCAUGGAGGACGUCUUCAAGAAGUACUCCCGCCGCGACGCCCAGGAGAUGCGCAUCGCAGGCAAAGACGGCAUCAUCCUCCAGAAGCGCGAGGAUCCCGCCUCUGAGGAGGGCGAUCUGGAGAACGAGCGCCCCGAGAUCGAUCGCCGUGUCCUCCGCGAGAUCCUCCUCGACGCCGUGCCCAAGGACUCGGUCAAAUGGGACCACGCCCUCACCUCCAUUCGGCCCCUCGACAACGGCGAGCACGAGCUCACGUUUGCGAACGGCUCUGUUGUCGUCACCGACCUGGUCGUCGGCGCCGAUGGCGCCAACUCUCGCGUCCGCCCCCUGCUGUCCUCCGCUGUACCCCUCUAUCACGGCAUCACGGGCGCGGAGCUCUCGCUCGCCCCCUCCGUUGUCGCUCUCCCCGAGAACCGCGAUAUCAACGACGCCAUCGGCAAGGGCACCUGCGGCGUCCUCGAAGACGAGAAGGUGAUCACCUUCCAGCGAAACGGAGACGGCCGCAUCCGGGCCUACAUGUGGUUCCGGGGCGACGCCAACUGGAAGCUACCCAGCGACCCGAAGGAGGCGAAGAAGGCCAUGCUCGACGUCUACGCGGACUGGGCGCCGUGGAUCCGCAAGUUCAUUGAGCAGGCGGACGAGAGCGCCAUCUACCUCCGGCCGCUGUACCACCUCCCCGUUGGGCACCGCUGGGACCACAAAGCCGGCGUCACGCUGAUUGGAGACGCUGCGCAUCUCAUGAGCCCGUACGCGGGCGCCGGCGCGAACCUGGCCAUGGGAGACGGGUUGGAUCUGGGCCUCGUCAUUGCUGAUGCGGUUUCGAAGGGUUUGGGGAGUGAGGAGAGGGAGACGGCGAUUGCGGCGUGGGAGGAGAAGAUGUUCGAGUCGGCAGGCCAGUUCGCGUUCAUCUCGAAGAAGAGUCUCGAGCUCUCCUUCGGGCCAGGUACACCUCACUCGGCCGUCAAAGGCUUUGCAAAGUAUCUGGAGCAACCCAAGAAGUAGCGUAUGGUCACUAUCGUACCUUCAUGCAACUGAUAGCUCCUUGGCAAUACAUAUCAUCG